AUGUUGAUAUCUUCCAACGGUUCGAAGCUUACCAAGUUCGCAUCUUCCCGAGCUCUCGCUGCUGCUACCCUCAGAACAAGGAACUUUGCUGCAAAGGUGGUGGUCAAUGGCAAACAGUUGAUGGGUGUACUGGGGUUACUCAUGUCUCAUACGCUAUGA